AUGUCUCAAGUCUUGACUGAAAAACCUCAAACCUUAACACAACAAAAAAGCAUUCGAUUUAAAAAAAAGGUUCUGAAACUAACCCAAGAAGAAAUUCAAUUAAAAUUAACUAGGCCCUUUCGUUCACCUUUAAAAAAACUUCAAGAUCAAACACAAAACAUCGUAAUGGCUAAAGAUGGAACUACGAAUAUUUUCGAAUUUCAUAAUGCUGGAGAUGUUAAAAUUACAUUUAA